UUUGUUGAAAUGUAAUAAUGUCAAAUUAAAUAAUAAUUCUGUAUUUAUCUGAAUAACACUGAAACAUGUGUGAAAUAUUCCCCGAAGUUACAACGUGCUGUUUCCUGGUGUCACUGAGACUCGGAAUGUUGUUUAUUUCAGUAUUUUGUAUAAUGACGGGCGUGACUAGUCUGUGCAUUUUAGAACAAACCAACAACGUCAGUUUUGAUAAUAUUAAAAAUAUCACUGAUAUUAGUAAGCCUGAUGAGGUUUUAUCGCGUAUCAGUAAUCUGAUUACAUCAGGCAUUACAACUAUGUCAUACCUGUUUAUGUUCAGUGGUCUUCUUCUAUUUUUUGCUAGUAUAUCGGAUGACGAAGGAUUAGCACAAGGCUUCGUCUGGCUGACAUUCCUGGCUGUAGUCAUCGGCUACGUGCUAGUGGCUGUGAUAGCUGUGGAGUGCACACUUCAAUCCAAGUGCUUGCUCAGCAAAAUGGACUGGCUGUCAGGAGCGACGCUGCUGGUGCUGGCAGUUGGAUAUCUCUGCUUGUGGUUAUAUUUCAUCACCGUUGCUAACAGCUACGUAGUGCUUGGUGGUUGAAAAAAAUGCAGAAAAAAAAACAAGUUUCACGGAUUGUAAUCAAACGUAAUCAUGUUAUU